AUGGGUGAAUCAGAAGAUAAUAACAAUUGGAAUCCCCGUCUGAUUGAAAACACUUGUGAUGAACCUGGAGCUGUUCUACAACCACUCGAAGACUAUCAAGAAUCAAUACUUGUUUCUCUCGAGGAAGCCAUUGAACCGAUAAAGUCGCCCUUUCGUAACUUGCCUCGGGACGUGUGGAUCGCUAAGAAUGCAUCGAAGGAACCAGCCGAUGAUCUUUCUCCAGAUGAAUCGGCUGCUAUUCAUCUUUA